CACACGCCCGUGCACACGCGUGCACACACAUAGACACACACGCAGGCACACGCAGGCACACGCAGACCGGCUUCGAUGCGGGCCCCGGAGACCCCCGCGUGAUCAGGGAGCUGAGAUCCCAGAUGGCUAAUUCCAUGAAUGGCCGGAACCCAGGGGGCCGAGGAGGAAAUCCCCGCAAAGGACGCAUCCUGGGCAUUAUCGAUGCCAUUCAGGAUGCCGUGGGACCCCCGAAACAAGCCGCCGCCGAUCGCAGGACCGUGGAGAAGACGUGGAAACUCAUGGACAAAGUGGUAAGACUGUGCCAAAAUCCCAAGCUUCAGUUGAAAAAUAGCCCUCCCUAUAUACUUGAUAUUUUACCGGAUACAUAUCAACACUUGAGACUCAUUUUGAGCAAAUAUGAUGACAACCAGAAACUUGUGCAACUCAGCGAGAAUGAAUAUUUUAAAAUCUACAUUGACAGUCUGAUGAAAAAAUCGAAACGGGCAAUAAGACUCUUUAAAGAGGGCAAGGAGCGGAUGUAUGAAGAGCAGUCACAGGACAGGCGGAAUCUCACAAAGCUGUCCCUCAUCUUCAGUCACAUGCUGGCAGAAAUCAAGGCCAUCUUUCCUAAUGGUCAGUUCCAAGGGGAUAACUUUCGGAUCACAAAAGCAGAUGCCGCUGAGUUCUGGAGAAAGUUUUUUGGAGAUAAAACUAUCGUGCCUUGGAAAGUAUUCAGACAGUGUCUUCAUGAAGUUCAUCAGAUUAGUUCUGGCUUGGAAGCGAUGGCUCUUAAAUCAACAAUUGAUUUAACUUGCAAUGAUUACAUUUCAAUUUUUGAAUUUGAUAUUUUCACCAGGCUAUUUCAGCCCUGGGGUUCUAUCUUAAGGAAUUGGAACUUUUUAGCUGUAACACAUCCUGGUUACAUGGCGUUCCUCACCUAUGAUGAAGUAAAAGCCAGGCUACAGAAAUACAGCACCAAGCCUGGGAGCUACAUUUUCAGGUUGAGUUGCACUCGUCUAGGACAGUGGGCCAUUGGGUAUGUCACAGGAGAUGGUAACAUCUUGCAGACUAUACCUCACAAUAAGCCUUUAUUUCAAGCCCUGAUUGAUGGCAGCAGGGAAGGAUUCUACUUGUAUCCUGAUGGGCGAAGUUAUAAUCCUGAUCUGACUGGGUUGUGUGAACCUACGCCACAUGAUCAUAUCAAAGUUACACAGGAACAAUACGAGUUGUAUUGUGAGAUGGGCUCCACAUUCCAACUCUGUAAAAUCUGUGCCGAGAAUGAUAAAGACGUGAAGAUUGAGCCUUGUGGUCAUCUGAUGUGCACUUCUUGCCUUACUGCGUGGCAGGAGUCCGACGGCCAAGGAUGCCCUUUCUGUCGCUGUGAAAUCAAAGGGACAGAACCCAUCAUUGUGGACCCUUUCGACCCAAGGGACGAGAGCUCAAGGUGUUGCAGUAUCAUAGACGCCUUCAGCAUGCCGAUGCUGGACUUGGACGACGACGACGACCGGGAAGAAUCUCUAAUGAUGAAUCGGUUGGCUUCAGUUCGGAAGUGCAAUGACAGACAGAAUUCACCAGUCACCUCGCCUGGAUCUUCUCCUCUUUCUCAGAGACGAAAACCUCUUCCAGACCCCCUCCAGAUUCCGCAUCUUAGUCUUCCUCCGGUUCCUCCUCGCUUGGAUCUCAUUCAGAAAGGGGUGGUGCGAUCUCCUUGUGCCAGCCCAACCGGUUCCCCAAAGUCUUCUCCGUGCAUGAUGAGGAAACAAGAUAAGCCACUCCCAGCGCCUCCACCUCCCUUAAGAGAGCCUCCACCUCCUCCACCUGAGAGACCUCCUCCGAUCCCCCCAGACCCUAGAAUAAGCAGACACUCACAUCAUCCAGAAAGCGUGCCUUCCAGAGACCUGUCAAUGCCUCUCGAAGCCUGGUGCCCCCGGGACGCGUUUGGGGCGAGCCAGUUGGUAGGAUGCCGAAUAGUCGGGGACUGCGCUCCGAAACCGGGAGUGACCGCAAGCUCGAACGUAAACGGGAGGCACAACAGAGUGGGUUCCGAUCCCGUAUUCCUACGAAAACACAGGCGCCACGAUUUGCCCGUAGAAGGGACUAAGGUCUUUUCCAACGGCCACUUGGGAAGUGAAGAAUAUGACAUCCCUCCACGGCUUUCUCCUCCUACUUCAACCGCAUCCCUUCACCCUAGUGUAAAGUGUCCAGUUCCUUUAAUGAAUUCUCUCUCAGACAAAAUGAGAGAAACAGUAGAAGAAGAUGGGGAUGAGUACAAGAUUCCUUCAUCCCAUCCGUUAUCCAUGGGCUCACAACCAUCUCACUGUCAUAGCAUAAAACCUCCAAUUCGGACAUGUGAGAAUGGUCAGUGUCUAACAAAUGGAACACACGGUACCUCUUCUGAGAUGAAGAAAUCAAACCUCCCGGAGUUAGGCGUAUAUACAAAGGGAGAUGCGUUUGAUUCUGCUACUGUUUCAGUGCCAUUACCUCCAGCAAGACCGAUAACCCGGGACAACCCAAAGCACGGCCCUGCACUCAACAGGACGCCCUCUGAUUAUGAUCUACUAGUACCCCCUCUAGGUGACGAUGCCUUCGACAGUCUACCGCCCUCCCUUCCUCCUCCACCUCCUCCUGCCCGCCAUAGUCUCACUGAACACACAAAGCCUGUUGGCUCAGGGAGUCGACCCUCCUCAGGGCAGGACAUAUUUCUUCCUCCUUCAGAUCACUUUUUUGAUUCAGCAAGUGGCUUGGUUCCUUUGCCUCCCGCUCGAAGAUUAGCAGGUGAGAAUGUCAAAGCGAACCGGAUGUCCCAAGAGUAUGAUCAGCUCCCUUCAGCUUCUGACGUACAAGCACCAGCCCGACCCCCUAAACCAGUCCCGCGCAAGAUUGCACCCGAAAUUCACCACAGGAAAGCCUUCGGCCCUGAGGCCGCCUUGGAGAAUGUCGAUGCAAAGAUUGCAAAACUUAUGGGAGAGGGCUAUUCCUUUGAAGAAGUGAAGAGAGCUCUGGAAAUAGCCCAGAAUAAUGUUGAUGUGGCCCGUAGCAUUUUAAGAGAGUUUGCCUUCCCUCCCCCUGUCUCUCCACGUCUAAAUCUAUAGCGGCUUGGACUGUGACAGAUGAGGAAUUCCAGGAGUUUGGAUGUGGGAGCAGAAUGAGAGCCGGAAUCCUGAAAAGAAGGCUCCUUCUCUCUCUCUCUCUCUCUGUCUCUGCCUCUCUCUCUCUGUCUCUCUCUCUCUCUCUCUCUCUCUGUCCCUCUCUUUUUCCACCAUUAGAAGAGAACCUGGCUUCAGCAGCUUUUCCAACCAAGAGAGCUGCUGUUUUAAGAUGUAAAUGGGCUGUGGCUUAUGUAUUUUUGCUAGCCAUACUUUUAAAUCAGGGUUGAACUGACAAAAAAUAAUUUAAAGAAGUUUACUUCCCACGAACUUUGAAUCUGUGAAAUGCUCUUUCCUUGUUUACAAGUUGGCAAGUUACAGUUUUCUAGUCGAUACCUGUACCAUGUUUUCUGCUCACGAGGCUUUGUGGAGCAGUCAGGUCUGCUCUGAGCAUUUUCAUCAGUUAAAUCCUCCGGUUUGAUUAUGAUGUUUUCCCUCGUGCCCUUCAUUUCCAUUUCUCCCUUUUAUGAGAUGCUUUAAAGUUGUCGUGGGUUUUUUUAUUACAACUUAUCAAGCAAAUGCAAAAAAAAAAUAGAUGUGGCCUUCACUACUGAGAGUCUUUUCGUCUGAGAUACCAUUGCUGUUGAGAGGAAAAAAUUCCGAAUGUAUAUUGCAUUAUUUUGUCAGAACUGCCUUUUCCAAGGAAUUUUGUCGGUGAUGUAGGGUAGCUUGUCUAUUUACCUUGGUCCCGGUGGGGUGAAUCUUCCCUGUCUUCACCCAUGCAGUCAUACACUUUGGCAAAGCUCUGCACCAUCACAGAGGUUGUAAGAUAACCUGAGCUGUGGAUAGUGGAAAAAAAUUCCCCAAUGUAUAUGAUCAUACUGCACUAAAGUUACAUAACUAGGUCACCAGCUAUUUAUGCCUGCAUUUCCUUUGGGCGUGCUAAAGAGCGGGGCCCCUCUCACUGAAUUAUUUUAAUAAUGUUCAGGUCAAGUAAUGGUCCUACCUUUUGCAAAGCAGAGUACAGUUCAUUUCCAGUUGUAGUGAUUAUAUUGUGGUUCAUAACAACUCCAGGACCUGGUUCAUAUUGAUGGGGAACCUCUAAAUCUUGGAUUCGCUGUUAAGUGCUGAUGCUACUGUGUGGCAGUAUAUUUUGCAGAGUUCUUAGUCAUUUCCUCCCUGUGCCCGAAUUAGAGACAGUAUUUAAUCCUAGAUUCAUUCAUUGCCUCUUCUAAUCAGAGGAAAGCACCUAAAAUAUCCUUGCCUUAGAAUGAAAUGGUGGUUCUUUGGAAACCGUGUAGCAAUUUUUAAAGCACAAUGGACAAAGGCUGAUUCCAGUCUUAAUUCAUUGUUGUUGGUUUUAUUUUUCCAUUUAUUUUUCUGAUUUUUCAUCUGCAGGAUACCCAUUUAAUGACAAACCCAAAACGUUUUUGGGUCUCUCACCUUGUAGCAGGUCAGAAAGUGAUGACAGUGAUCAUCAUUGGCUAAGAAUUCAGUUGAGGAAUCCUCCUUUUAAGAUAGGUGACCCAAAGAGGAAUUUGCAAGCCGUAUUUAUCUUGUAUCUGUGCUUGUGUUUUUAUUUUUCCGCAAGUUCUUCAGCUAGCCUUGAUAAUAAAAGAAAGUACUUAAUGAAUUUGAUUUCAGUGAGAAAUGUGCCUAGUAGUGUUCAAAAAGUUCAUGCUAAACAUCUAACAGCAAAUUCGGAGACAAAGUAGAUCCAAUUGCAGUCAGUUCACUGGGACAGUUUUUUCUUAAUCAAAAUAUGUUUUGUUGGAAAAAGCGCUUUUUAAAAUGUAUUUUUCAAAGCACUGCACACCCAUUUUAGAUCCUCUCAGGCUUCCGUGACACCAGGUGAUAAGAGAUCUUUGAAUGUUGGGCCAUGUGUUUUCAAUUCUAUUGUCAGCAGGUGAUUUUGAGUUGAUUUUGUCUCUGAGAGAGAAUUUGAACCUUGCCUUAGAUGUUCCUCUUGUCGGCAUCUAUAUGAAACUUUAAAAUUCAGUUUCACUCUGUGGUCUUGAUUUCGGGAUUUAAAUUUUCAUUGCUGUAUGGGCAGAAUGCAUGAUUUUCAGCCUUGUAUUUUUUUUUUUUUGGUUGCUCCUUGGCUCUUUGUCAUAUGGGUAUCACUGGGGUUAUAUUAUAAACUUCAGAUCAUACAUGUCAUUGUUAAAAGUCGCAACUUCACUUAAAUACCUUAAUCUGUUCCAAAUGCCAGCAAAAGAAUAAUGAUAACAACCCAAACAACCUGCAGAUUAGAUACCAGAAUUUCCUGUAAGGCUUCAAACAGCUCUGAGAAAGGACUUAACAUUUCUAAAUUUGAACAAGAACUUUCAAUCAAUGAACACUAUCCAUUAUAUACUCAAGACAAUAUUAUCAUGUUCAGCAACUCCUCAAUUUCAGUCCAAGUCUCCUCUACGUUUUGUUCACUCGCUAACAUUAAUUUUCACAAUUGAAUACAUUUUUGAAAUGUCUUUAAACCCCAGGAAAUAGGCUGGAGACUAAAUCAUUUCAGUCACUAAUAAAAUAGGAGAGGUAAUUGGAGCCAGUUUAAUUAGAAAUAAAGAAAAAGUUGUCUCUUCCGUAGGAUUUAAUGACUUGAGAGGAAUCUGUUGAGUAAGCUAUCGGCUACCCAUUUCUCACAAGAUGUUGAGGGGUUCUGUUCUAGCAAAAUCUGAUGGGAACAAAAACUUGCCGUGUCGUACUCAUUUUGGAUGUGCUGUUAUGACAGAUGACCACAACCAUUUCUACCUGCACCAUGUCACAUUUGCAGCCAGACAGAAGUGCAUUAUUGGACAACCGUUCCCUAAAUCGGCUAUUGUGUUUUACCCAAAAUGUGUAGAGAGGAAAUGGGUUCUGUUAGAACUGAUCGUAUUCUAAAUUUUUGGUGUUCUGUAAAAGCAGAAAAAAUGAUUUUCAGUUUAAGGAUGAUUUUAAAUGUGUUUUCUUGAAAUUCCAGAAGGUCUAAAUUCCUGUGAAUAUCAAAAAUCUGAAUCAGAAUUGUUUACUUCAAUCAACGCCCGUAUGAUACGAAAGGGAUGCCGUUGGAGCUGUUGUAUGUUCCUUUAGGUUUCCGUGGUGGAGUGCCCUUUCCACAGUGGCUUUCAAGACAUUUCUGACAUUUUUCUGUUCCUCCCCUUUUGUGUUGAUGAAUAUUUUGAUCUGGAAGAGAAGAGGAGCGUUGCUUAUGUACAAAAAAAAAAAAAUCAGGGUAUCUCCCAUACAAAUAGUCUUAAUUGAAUCCCAGUUGCACAGUUUGCUGUGUCUGUAUUUGUCAUUUCAAGAACACGUCUUUCAAAGGUUUCUUCAUAAUGUGAACUUUGUUUUUGUUGUUUUGUACCAAGAAGCAUUUCAUGUAUGGUUGUUGGGUUUGUGUGGGGGGGUUUUUGUUUUUGUUGGGUUUUUUUGUUUUUUUCCCCUCUCAGAAAUUUCAACUUGAAGCUUUACUUUGCACUGAGUAUCCUGACCUGGUUAAUUUUUUAAAUUGUGUUUUGAGAUUUAAAGAUUUGGAAGCAAACACCAGUCUAUUUUAAACAAAUUCAGGUACUGCCUGACCUGGAAAUUAGAGCUUCUAGGAAAAGUUUCCUAAAAAAGACUGAAAAAGAGUUCAUUUUGAAGGGUUUUCUUCCAAAUAACUAUUUUAUCGGGGAAAAAAAAAGCCUUUUUUAAACUUGUCUAACGUGGCAAACAUAGUUAUGUGUUCAAUUAAUUUAUAUUUUAUUCAACAUUCUUUUUCAAUUCUGGUUAUUAUGUAACCUCAAGUACUUUAUCUGUUCUUGUAAGGUAUUUUAUAAAAUGAAUGUUAACAGAA